UUGGGUGAUGCUCAACGCGGCAUUACUCGCCUUUGACCUACUGGAUGCACCCUUAUGCAACAAGAAACACGUGUAAACUCUUUAAAAGGAAAUCCCAACCAUUCAUCUUAAUAUUGAUCAUACUCAUAAUGGUUGCAAAAUCAAAGGAAUGUCAUUUUAAACAGAUUGCUUCGGUUCAACUUUACCAUGACAUUUCGCAUGGUUAUUUACGUGUUUCUGAGGAAAAAAGAAUUGAAACCAGUGACACCGCCACAGUUUUGUUCAGAGUACCUAUAGAAAGAAAAGUUGCACUGUACGACCCCCAGGAGCAGUUGUUCAUCUGCCGGAGGCCCAAAGGAAAAAUGUUCGUUCCAAGGAAAUUAGCAUAUUUCAAUAAACACAAAAAACUUUGCACGUUUAUGGAAAAUGUGUCUGUUAUUCGUCCCCAAUCGCAUAUUCGUUAUACAAAUGAAAUUAAUCAGACUGAAGUAGAUUUAAUAAUAAACAAAAAUGGAAAAAAUCCAAGAAAAUCGUUUUGGAAGGCGUGCAAAGCUAGGCAUCACAAAAAGAGGCAUUCCUCUUGCAUAUAUUCGUCGGAUUUUUUAGUGAAUCAUCCAAUUCCUAACAGUUGUGAACAUGCAACCAAAACUUUUUGUGCUCAUGCAGUGGACAUUUGCGAACAAUUAAACAUAAACCAACUGUAUUAGUAAAAAAAUGUUGAUAUAUCAGUAUUGAAUUAGGUUUAAACCUAAAAGUG